AUGCAAGUGCCUCUACUUCGUUUACAAUGUGGUGUGAACAGUUAUGACUGGGGCAAGGUCGGUCAACAGUCUGCAGCUGCUAAAUAUGCUGCUGUCACCGCCGAGUCGGAUUUUACCAUCGAAGAUGCAAAGCCUUACGCAGAGCUAUGGAUGGGAACACAUCCGUCACUCCCUUCGAAAGACCUCGAAACACAGCGAACCCUGUUAGAUCUCGUUCAGGACAACCAAGCGCUCUUGGGGCAGGAGAUAUUCCAGAGAUACGGGGGAAAACUGCCUUUUCUCUUCAAGGUUUUGUCCAUCAGCAAGGCGCUGAGCAUUCAGGCGCAUCCCAAUAAAAAGCUUGCCGAACAGUUACAUACUCGAGACCCAAGAAACUAUCCUGACGACAACCACAAGCCAGAAAUGGCCAUUGCCAUUACACCGUUCGAAGGACUCUGCGGGUUCCGACCAUUAGCUGAAAUCGUACACUUUCUGAACUACGUGAAGCCGCUACGCUCUCUUGUCGGACAACAAGCCGCGGCGCAAUUCGAGCAGAUUGUCAAGGGAUCGGAAGAGUCGGAGGAUGCGGCAACGGUGAAUCGCAACAAGGAUGCCCUCAAGGUAAUCUUCACAUCAUUGAUGGAGUCCCCUCAAGAUAAGAUCGAAGAAGCAGCGAAAGAGCUCGUCUCAGAGGCAGAGAACUCCCCCAAUAGUUUCGCAAUCGAUCCAAGAUCCGAAACAAACCCGAGCGGCGCAUCCGAACUCUCCGAGGUGGUGACUCGUCUGAACUCACAAUUCCCUCAUGACAUCGGGCUGUUUGUUCUCUUUUUCCUGAACUUUGUCAAGCUCUCUCCGGGAGAAGCAAUGUUUCUCAAAGCGGACGACAUCCACGCAUAUAUCUCCGGAGACAUAAUCGAAUGCAUGGCAUCGUCCGACAACGUAGUCCGCGCAGGAUUCACGCCAAAAUUCAAAGACGUAUCCACACUAACGACCAUGCUCACCUACUCAUACGCACCGAUCGACGAGCAAAAGAUGCAACCCACAGAGUACCCUUACGUACUACUGAAUACGGUAGCAUACACAAGCGGCUCGUCGACGACCCUCUACGACCCCAGCGAAAUUGAAGAGUUCGCCGUUGUAAAAACCGAUCUGAAACGAAACGGCGCAAAGGCUACAUUCGACCCCAUCCCCGGGCCGAGUAUCGUCAUAUGCACAGGCGGACAGGGUAAAGUCAGCAUGGGACCCGCGAAAGUCGAGGAAGUGAAGGAGGGAUAUGUGUUUUUUGUAGGCGCCGAUGCAGAUCCGACUGACCAACUGCCUCUCUCACUCCCAGAACUUGUCAACAUUCACAAUGCCUUCCACCAGGGCCAAUACCAAGACGUGAUUGAUUUCGAUACCUCGUCGUUCUCACCGGAGAACGCUCUGCCCGCUCGUAUAUUGCAGCUGCGCGCCAGAAUUGCUCUCGGACAGACAGCGGAAGUGCUGGCGGACGUGGAGAAGGAAGCAGACACCAUCCCUGACCUAGGUGCGGUCAAGGCGCUGGCGCAACAGACAGCUGGCGAUUCGGAAUUCGCACUUGCGCUAUCACAGAAACUGGCGGAGACACAUGGCGAGAAUGCUACUGUUCAAACACUCGUCGGCACGGUCUUGCAGGCACAGGGACAGACCGAUGAUGCUCUAGCUCUACUCAGCAAACAUCAAGGCAACCUCGAGGCUGUCGCUCUCUCCGUCCAGAUCUAUCUCCAAACGAAUCGUAUUGAUCUUGCUCUAAAGGAGGUUUCUGCGGCAAAGCGCUGGGCGCAGGAUUCCCUACUUGUCAAUAUUGCAGAGUCAUGGGUUGGCUUACGAGUGGGCGGAGAAAAAUAUCAGUCUGCAUUCUAUGUCUACGAAGAACUAGCUUCGAAUCCCAACACCGCUGCUCCCUUGUCUAUUGUGGGACAAGCCAUUGCCGAAUUGCACUUGGGUCGCUUGCCCGAAGCCGAGGCUGCGUUGUCUUCGGCGAUUCAGAAGUAUCCAGAGGAUGUGGAAUUGAUUGCUAAUACAAUUGUUCUGAAUGUUCUCACUGGUAAAGAUACUACUGAACUAACUUUGCGUCUGGAAUCUUUGCAACCAUCACAUGCCCUCCUCACUGAUCUGGCAGAGAAGAGCUCUUUCUUUGAUACAGCAGCGGCAAAAUAUGCGCCCAAGGUCUCGUCAUGA